GAGCACCUAAUAAAAGAUAAACCCUAGUUGCAACCCGUGGAGUAGGUUACUGACCGAACCACGUUAAAUCUCGUGUUCUUAUUUUCUGCUAUUUGUGUGUGUGUGUUUGUUCGCUUCCGCUUGACCGCCUCUGAUCUCUGAUUCCUAACAAGUGGUAUCAGAGCUUUGGUUCGGUUAAACACACGGUUACACAGGAUCAAUCGCAGGAAGAAGGCUGUUCAGGAUUGUUUUUGCUGCUGUUUUGCUGCCGCGGUUAAGGGGCUGGUUCAGAUCUGAUCAGGGGCUGGUUCGGAUCUGAUCAGAGGCUGGUUCGGAUCUGGUCAGGGGCUGUUUGGUCGGUUUUAGGUGAACUUGGCGAUUAGGGUUUCUGGUUUUGGACCUGGUACUCGUUGGUUCGGGUUCUUUGUUUUAGGCAUGGAAAGCUAUGUUGACUCUUGGGUCAUGGAUUCUGGUGCUUCGUUUCACGCCAUGCACAGCGGUGAGGCGAUGGUGAAUCUCAAAAAGGGAGACUUUGGAAAGGUAAAGUUGGGUAACGGGAAAACCCUUAAAGUGACAGGCAUGGGAGAUAUUGAUCUAAAAACUUCAUUUGGAACUACUUGGAGCUUACAAAAUGUCAGGGUGAUUCCAAGAUUGAAGACAAAGUUGAUCUCAGUCGGACAAUUGGAUGAGCAGGGACUAGACGUCAAGUUUGGUGGUGGAAAAUGGAAGGUGAUCAAAAGAAAUUUGGUUAUUGCUCGAGGCUUGAAAAGAGGAUCGUUAUACAUGGUACCGGUGACGUCUGAGGGAGUGACCAACCCGGCAAAGACAGUUAACAAAGUCGGGCUCACUGAAUCGGGCAAAGCUAAGAAGGUUCAUUUUGCAAACGUGAAUCUUGGAGUUUUGGGGAUGACAAUUGAGUGUGUUCGGAGGUCUGAAUCAGGUCAGGGGUUUCGUGACAGUGGGAGCAUGCGACGUGUUCCGAGUACAGUUGUGAAACGUCAUUGGGUUUUGAGGACCAAGAAUCCGAACGUUAAAAUCUCUCCUGGGAGUAGUUUGCUGGAUUUGGAGAGUGGUAAUGGUCCUCGGUGUAUCUCUGGAUCCGGUGGAUUGUGCAAGCCGGUUGAGACAGAGGCUGUGGCGGUUACAGUCACAACUGGGUUGGAGCUCGGUGGAGCUUUAACUGUCCUUUCAGGUUAUCAAUGAAGGGGGUGGUUGCAACUAGGGGAUAUAACUGGAGUCUUAGCUUGUUCUUGGGAACUGGAGGCUUGGAGGACUUGACAAUGAAGAUUACUGAGUUAC